UCUUGACAAGGCAAUCACUGUGCUCACUUUGUGACCAGGCAGAGAGCUGUCCAAGACGACAGCCAGAUGUCGGAGCGCCGGGAAAGCGAGAAAGAAAACAGGUGGCCAGAGCAGAGCCCGGUGCGGUGGGGUUUUCCUCACCCUUUGGGCAACCCCAUGCGACUCCUGGCCAUAACCAUCCUGUUCUUCAUGCUGCUGGACCCAGUGUUCCUCCAGACUCUGGAGCAGCAGGAUAUUCCAACUGCGGAAAAGGUCCCCCAUCUAAAUAUGAAGUUUGAUUCUUGGAGAAUGAAACUGAGUUGGGACUGUGAAGAAAACACUACCUACCUCGAAUGUGUGAUGAUUCACAAGAAGAAUGGACCAAUCAACAUAAUACCCCAGGAGAAAGAAUGUCACUGCGAGUUUUCGGAUUAUUCUCUCCAUGAUGGAGUCACGCUUAUGGUUAAAGUAAAUAGCACCCAAAGACCGAUUCCAGAAACCCUGGUCUACGCUAACUCAGGUGGGAAUGACACAGCUGCCCAGAAUUUCUCCUGCUUUAUCUACAAUGCAAACUUCAUGAACUGCAGUUGGGCAAAGGGUCAGGCUGCCCCUGAUGAUGUCCAAUAUUUUUUGUAUAUAAGAGACUCGAGGAAAAGAAGGGAAAGAGAGUGUCCUCAUUACAUAGAAGACUCGGGAACCCACGUGGGAUGUCACCUGGAAGACCUUUCGGGAUUAACUAGCUACAAUUACUUCCUGGUGAACGGUACCAGCCAAAGGACGGGGAUCCAGUUCUUUGAUUCGGUUCUGUCGUGGAAGAAAAUUGAAAUAUAUAGCCCACCCAACAACAUCAGCGUGCUCUGCAACAAGUCCCACUGCCUGAUCUGUUGGGAAAAGCCCAAGACCCGAUACAGGCUGUCCAACAUGGAGUUCAAAUACCAGCUGGACAUCCAGAGAAAGAGCAAUAAGGAAAACAGCGAGAAUCAACUGAUUGAGGUGCCUGGUAAUUUGGAGAAUAGCUACAACUUUCCAAGUCCAGAGCCCAGACCCAAGCAUACUGUGAAAAUAAGGACCUCGGACGCACGGAUCCAGAAGUGGGGUGCCUGGAGCCAGCCCAUUGAGUUUGGCUCCGAGGAAACCACGCCCAGCCUCGUGCCCAUCUACGCGCUGGUGGUCCUGGGGACCCUCAUCACGGUCCUGACCCUCGGCUGCCUUUUGAAAAGGUUCCUCGCAUCCCAGACUUUAUUCCCACCGAUUCCGCGCAUCAAAGACAAGUGGACGGAUAGCCAUCGGCCUGACCACCAGGUCAUCUGGGAGAACUUCACCUUGGACACGGAAAAAGGUGACAACGAGGAGAUCCUAACGGUGCAAGAAGUCACGGUGGCCCCGGCGAGCAUGGAAGCUGCAUAGACGCUUCUGGCCCGGGAAC